CGGGUGCGACGCGCCGGAAGGGGGCUUACAUCCACCCUGUCAACAACAGCCACACCAUCCAUUCACUCCGAGAUCACAAUGCCCCAUGGUGUCGCUCAAACCACCCAUCCCGCAUCACUCUCCCAGACCACAAACCACACCGUGCACACAACGCCCCAUGGGGCCGCGCACACCACCCAUCCCGCAUCACUCGCCAAGACCACAACCCACACCGUGCACACAACGCCCCACGGGGUCGCGCACACCACCCAUCCAGCAUCACUCUCCAAGACCACAACCCACACCGUGCACACAACACCCCACGGGACCGCGCAAACCACCCAUCCAGCAUCACUCUCCAAGACCACAACCCACACCGUGCACACAACGCCCCACGGGACCGCGCAAACCACCCAUCCAGCAUCACUCUCCAAGACCACAACCCACACCGUGCACACAACGCCCCACGGGACCGCGCAAACCACCCAUCCAGCAUCACUCUCCAAGACCACAACCCACACCGAGCACACAACGCCCCACGGGACCGCGCAAACCACCCAUCCCGCAUCACUCUCCAAGACCACAACCCACAUCGAGCAGACAGCGCCCCACGGGACCGCGCAAACCACCCAUCCCGCAUCACUCUCCAAGAACACAUCAACCACACAGCACACUUCACCUGUACGGGUCCGCCGGUCUCCAGACAGUGAAACAGGACCCAGGAAACUUGGCCUUUAUCAACUCCAUGAGCACCUGGUCUGCAGCAGCAGGACUUCUUCACUCGACAACACCAUCUGUAACACUGACUGCAACAAGUUGACUGAUGAAAAUAUAGAAGACGACUGCAACUGCUUAUUCAGCAUCAUCUCGACAUUUAUUGACCGUGGUUUUGGAGCUUCCGACGAGUUAAAAGAAAUGAUCAAGGACAUCUUCCUGCCUGAAUGCGCGACUGCAAGCACCUCUGACUAUUUUAAGGAAUGCAAUUAAUACAGCUACACCUGC